AUGCGGUCGUUGGAUUUGGAGGCCAUGCAUGCACCGGAGUUUCCUCAAUAUGUAAAUGCAGCAGAGCUUCCCCUUCUGCCGGAUGGUGAAUUUACUGUGGGAAUGGAAUUCAGUUCUAGGGAGGCAGUAAUUAAGUUGAUGAAAGAUUAUACAAUCCGCAGAGGUGUAGAUUAUCGAGUGCAUGAGUCAGAACCCACGACAUUCUAUGCUAAAUGCACCCAGUAUGGUGCAGGAUGUGAUUGGCUGAUCAGGGUGAGCAAGAUGUCCAGAAAGUUCUGUUGGGAGAUAAGGAGGUACAAUGGUAGUCACACCUGUACUAGGGCCACCAUUUCUCAAAAUCAUUCGAAGCUGGAUUCCAACACAGUUGCAAAAGCAAUAAAGCCAUUGGUAGAAGUUGACCCAUCUAUAAGGGUGAAAUCAGUGAUUGCGGAAGUACAGUCAAAGUUUAACUACACCAUUAGUUAUCGCAAAGCAUGGUUGGCAAAACAAAAGGCAGUGGAGUCAAUUUUCAGAGGAUGGGAAGCUUCGUAUGAAGCCUUGCCGAUAUGGUUUGAGGCCAUGUGUCACAAGGAGCCAUCCGCAGUUGUUCAUUUUCAAACAAUGCCUGCGUAUCAGGGAGAUGACUUGGUUCCUAAUAUUCGUGAUGGCAACAACAAUAUCGUGCCGAUUGCAUUUGCGAUAGUUGAGGGAGAGACAUCUGAGGCCUGGCACUUUUUCCUGAGUAACUUGCGACAGCAUGUUGUGACACGUGACGGUGUGGGCCUUAUAUCCGAUCGGCACGAUUCCACUAGGUCUGCUAUUGAUCGUAGUAACGGAGCUUGGUCUCCUCCCAGAGCAUUCCAUAUGUUCUGCAUCAGACAUAUAGAGUCCAACUUUUUGAGAAAAUUCAAGGCUCUGUAUCUGCAAAAGCUUAUCGUCAACAUAGGUUACUCGCGAACAAUUCGUGAGUACGAGACGCGUUAUCAGCGUUUACCUGAGCGAGGUGAGGCUUAUACCAACUGGUUGGAUCGAAUACCGCGUGAGCAUUAUGCUUUAGCAUUUGAUGGGGGAUAUUGA